GUCAUGCUGUAUACAAUGUUCAAGCUUAAAUUGAUUCCCAAAUACACUGGAAAGCAGUCGACUACAAGUUCGUAUCCCACGAUAUGCCUCGUUUUUGAUAAGCAUAUCCUGUUUAUCCUGGUCGUACACGAAGUCGCUCCUCAUCUCAAUUUGACGGCACAACGACCAUGGUUAAUGCCAAGUCGGCGGCGGCAGUCUCACAUUUCCCAGGUCAAUGAACUUGAAAGGGAUCUUGUCCACGCUGACCGUCUUGGCACUGGCAUGCACCAGCGAGGCUGAAAAGUCCAGCGGCGGGAAGCUCGUUGGGCGAUCAGCACACGGUCCCCACAGCAACCUCCAGUCGGACGUGACGGGCAAGGUGUACAAGGCCGAGUCGCCCAUCAAAAUCGGGGACAAGGUGAAGCAGUCCAUCAAGCACAAGGCGGGCAAGUCGGCCACGUUCACGAUUCCGUUCAAAGGUCCGUUUGUGCAAGUGCAUUUUUCAGACUUUUCGCUGCCGGAUGGCGACUCGAUCAAGCUGUCGACGUCCGCCAAGCACCACCAACUGAUCAAAGCCGGUAAAUUGGGAUCCGACAGACUCUCGAAGCGCCUGGACACUGGAAGCUCGAGCCUCACGGUCGAAUACAUUUCCGGCGGCCCCCACCACACCCGCGACUACAAGGGGUUCGCCAUCGACUACAUCCUGCACGCACCCAAGAAACCCGCCAAGAAGGAAGACGUGUGUGGCGCUAAGCCAGCGUGGGAGCCCGCCCAGUGCCUGGUCAAGAAGGAUCAAGUCAAGUACACCCUCAGCAAGGCCACGGCUCGGAUGGUCAUCCAGGGCGGCCAAGGCGCGGGCACGGGGUUCCUCAUUGGGUGCGAUGGCUGGUUCCUCACCAACGAGCACAACAUCGAAACCCAAGCCGCUACCACCGCCGCAUCGUACGAGUUUGGAGCUGAGUGUGCGUGCGACGACACAGCCAACAACGCCAAGACCAUGGGCUGCCCAGGAAAGCUCAAGUUCACGGGUGACGCGGUGCUGCAUGCUGUGGACAAAACCCUCGACUACACCCUCGUGCAAUUCGACAAGAAGCAUUGGCCGGCGCUCGACGCGUUUGGGUACAUGACGCUGCGUCGGAGCGGGGCCGACCUGGGCGAAAACUUGUGGAUGCCGCAGUACCCGCAAGCGCACCCGCUGCAGAUCGUCCAGCGUUUGGAGAACCACACAGCGACUACUAUCACGAGUUUGAACGUCGAAAAUGAGUGCGGCAAGGGCCAAGUGGGGUACUUUGCAGACACGAUGGGCGGGUCGUCGGGGGCCCCCGUGGUCGGCAGUUCCGACAACCAAGUGAUUGCGCUACAUCAUUGCGGGGGGUGUCAGAACGUGGCGUACUCGACCAAAAAGAUCCUGGACCACGUGGAACUCGAGUUCAAGAAGAAGAAGAUGUCGUUGCCCACAUGCUGGACACAUGCCAAGACGGCGGGCGGCCUUGCCGGCGACUCGGAUGCCAAGAAGAGGAGGAGCGGGGAUGGCGGCAAGAAACAAACGAUUGACCUGAGUGCAUUGUUCCCCCCGGCCAAACAACCAACUACAGGAGGUGGCGAAGCGCCUGUGAAAGGUGGAGCUGCGUUGACUUCAGAAGACCACGCGGAAGCUACAAAGAAAUACCAUGUGCAGAACCCCCCACUGACUGGGGACGUAGAUGACCCGCCGCCUACUGCUCAGCGUCGCGCCACUGGAAAGAAACGUGGACCUAAAAAACGUGGCCAACGCACCAGUGGUGGUGGUGAUGGAAAAGCCCGCGGACAUCCGAUAGAAUUAGUCGAACCGGACGAUGUUUCUGUAGGAGUAGCUGCCCCGCCCCCUCGUCGUGCCCCGAAGCACCCUCCCUUUGGAGGGGGCCGACGACGAUCACAAGAACGCCGUGGUCGGGCGGCUCUGCUUCCCCCUCAACGUCGUCAAGCCCCCCCCGCACCAGAACUGUACCAGGUCAACGUGUGCAAGGCGGCCACGUACGUCGUGGACGCCCCUCCGUGCUCGGAAACGGGGGACGCGUGCCCCAAGGCGUACGCUGAACCCAUUGGCGGGUGCUACCCCGGCAUGAUCAACUCCCCCACGGGGUGCGUCGUGCCGGAAGACGCCAUUUGCAUGCAAGCGCCAAGCCCCAAGGACGGCGGCUCCAUCUAUUACAAAUGCGUGUUUCCGUCUGUCGGGUGCUAGAAGGACAAAUCACAAUCGCAGCGCUAACUUUAUACUACCGGUACUACUAGUUCGUUGUCGACAGUGAAUCAAUUCGUUUCGAAAAUUCAAUUCUAACACCUUUAUGUGUGACGAUAACUAUUAAUAUACGUA